GGAUAUUACUGCAGACACAUUUAACCUGGACCGGUACUUCAAGGUCGUUCUCUUAAACAUCAAAUGAUGAUAACAACUAGGCGUUUACUGAAGUAUAUCCACUUGAAGAAAUUGUGUUCAAGAGGUAUUCAAUGUUAUUCUGGAGAAGCUGGUUCUUGUUCAUCAACAGGUGCUUUUCAUCCUAGACCAAUAAUGACACCACUUGGUUUAAUUAAAGUUGUUGGUGCUGUAUUACCUUCAAUUUAUCUUGGUUCAUUUAUAAGUAGAAGUGGAGCAGAAUUUCUAGAAGAGAAUGAUAUUUUCGUUCCAGAAGAUGAUUAGAAGAAGAAUUAGACAAAACUUACUGCCAUAUUAUUUCUUUUCUUCAUUAAUUAUUUUUUUGUUUGUUUGUUUGUUCACACAAUUAGUUUUGUUAAGAGUUAGUUAUUUUAUUGUGAAAAUUUUUUUUUCAAAGAAUGUUUUCACUGACUGAUGAGAGAAGCUUAUGUUGUUUUAACUUCUACAAAACUCUUGUAUGACUCAAAUGCUUUUACUAAUAAUAUGUGGUACAAGUUAAUGCAUAGCAUGAUCUUUAACUUUUAUAAUUAUGUGAUAAUAUUCGUGUAUUAGAAAGAGAUACCAAAUAAAACUACUUAUAUAUAUAUAUAUGAUAUCAG